CUUCCGAAUAUAAGUCAGUAGCAGCAGCAGCAGCAGCAGCGUAUCCCUUCGUUGGCUCGCGAUCAAUACUCAUCCGAACCGAACGGAUAAUGUGCAGCAGUGCAGCGAUUGUUGUCUAUUGUCUCGUGAAUAGUUGAGUACUGACUACUGAGCUUACUCUCGUGGUGUCUCGAGUUCUUAGGCGAAUGUUUCAUCUGCGAUAUAAAUUUUUCGCAUGUAUGUUUAUUUUUCCAGUGCAAAAUAAAUAUGUAUUUAUACAUUGUGUACAAAACGCUGCUCCACAUAAAUAUUAUUGUGUCUUGCGAAGAACAUUAUUGUCAGGGGAAAUUUCGAGAAACUCGUUGAGAGUGCAGUGAUCGCUAAAUUUUGUAUUCUGUAGCGCGCUUAGACGCGCGGUAGAACAAAACGGCGAAGAUGAAGAGACAGAAUGUCAGGACUUUGUCAUUAGUAGUGUGUACAUUUACAUAUCUCCUUGUUGGCGCUGCGGUAUUUGAUGCCCUUGAAUCGGACACUGAGAAGAAACGCUGGGAAUUUCUCUCGGAGAUACGCCGUAAUAUGAUGAGGAAGUACAAUAUUACGCCGGAGGACUAUAAGAUGGUAGAAAUUGUAAUAAUAGAGAACAAGCCACAUAAAGCGGGACCGCAGUGGAAAUUUGCGGGUGCUUUCUAUUUUGCCACUUUAGUAUUAGCCAUGAUUGGUUACGGGCAUUCGACUCCUGUGACCAAAACCGGAAAGGCAUUUUGUAUGGUAUAUGCAGUGGUAGGAAUUCCUUUGGGAUUGGUAAUGUUUCAAAGCAUUGGUGAACGAUUGAACAAGUUUGCAUCAGUUGUGAUUAGACGAGCAAAGACGUAUCUCAGAUGUCAAAAAACCGAAGCUACAGAGAUGAAUCUCAUGCUAGCGACUGGUUUACUUUCAAGUAUAAUUAUUACGACAGGUGCUGCAGUGUUUUCGAGAUAUGAGGGUUGGAGCUACUUUGAUAGUUUUUAUUACUGUUUUGUGACGCUUACAACUAUAGGUUUUGGUGACUAUGUCGCUCUUCAGGUAAAUAACGUUUGGUUGAUCGUCAGCGAGAGAAGCAGUAAGAUUUAUAGACAAAUUACUUUGCAGAAUGAUCAAGCGCUUUCCAAUAAACCUGGAUAUGUGAUUUUGAGUUUGAUCUUUAUCCUAUUUGGUUUGGCCGUAGUUGCUGCCAGUAUUAAUUUGCUCGUAUUGCGCUUCAUGACGACGGAUUCCGGUGAGGCGCGUCGUGACGACACUGAGCUGCAAUCGGCUUCCCAUCACGUAUUGACGUUAGACGGCGAGGUUGUGGCGGUAAAUGGAAAGCUUCUGGCCAGUCACGUGCCUGUCGUGCACGACACGGACGAUUGUGUGAGCGUGUGCUCUUGCACUUGUCUAGGCCCAGCGAAUUCCGAGCUAUUGGAUCCUUCCGGAUAUCAAGGAUAUCGACCACCCCCGACUUCUGCCAGUCUCCGAGUAAAACGUGCGUCCGUCUGAUGGAGGGAGUUUCGUCGUCGCAGUUUACGUCGCCGAUUUUUAAAGGCCGAUAGCCGAGAAUUGCUCGGCAUUGAUGUUUAAGAUUGCUGGUUCCCCGCACAAAAAGCUCCUCGCGAGAAAAUACCGCACACUGUGAUACAUCUACGAAGGACAAUUUAUAACUUUACGUAAAUAUUUUCACAUUCUGUGUGGAAAGUAAAAUUUUAAAAACUGCCAUUUAAAAAAAAAUUUGAUGUUUGAUACGUCUAAUUAGAACUCUGAUUGUUGAUCAUUGUCCGAGUCCUGGCUAAAACUUGAAGAGGGACACUUGAAUAAUGUGUUCCUACUGCAUUUUCUUGACGUUAUAUCAACCCGUAUCCCAAAACAAGUUGAUGCAUUUUGAUAAUUAAUGUUGCUCAACUGUGUCCAUUUUUGACGCAUGAAUGACGUGUAUGUAAACCCCGUGUGACGCUUAAUUUGUCAAGUGAAAAUAUGACAAAUUAUUUGAAUAUUCAAGUGGUGAUCUUUGCAAUAUUGUAUCUUAAAAAAGUGCAACAUCCGUUAAACCUCAGAAGGGAUAUAUGUACGAUCGAGUUAUCAACUCGCGAAUUAUUCAAAAGAUGAUGGCGCAUUUAUAUAUCGUAAUAUUAUUAAUGUUGUAUUAAUGUAAUAUAUAUGCAAAAUGAAGAAGCAUAGAACAUUUGGAUAAUCUAGAGGUUUUCAU